AUGAUUCCGUGGAGGUCUUUGGAAGUUCCGAACUCAUCCCUGGACACUCCACCGGUCGCUUCGAUGCACGACUACCUGAGUUUCAGUCGUCCGGAAGACGAUUCCGGCUACACAUCAAAUGCCCGAUUGUCAACAGCGUCCGCGUCCUCCCAAGCCAGCACGCCGAGUAUUCUUCGUCGUGGCGCCGCUGCCUGGCGCCGUCCCGGCGCCCGCCAGCGUACCGACAGCACCGCGACAGACCAAAGUGGAUGUGAAGACGACCUCGGGGCGUCCGGCCCGUCGGGUUCGUCGUUGUUGUCGGGAGCCAAGCCUACGGGUUUGAACGUGACCCCCAAGUCUCGGGUGGAUGAUGAGAACUGCGCGCCGCCUUUGCGGCUGAUUGACCCCGAGGGAUUGCGGUCACCCGGCGGUACUCCGAGGACCCCGACGCCGUUUAAGAAGGCCUUGGCGGAACUGGAGAAGAAGGGCGGUCGUGUCACGUUCACGGGUGGAAGUCCGUCGAACCUAGUGGACGAUAUCCACGAGAUAAUCCGGAAGGAGUCGGAGCGAGAACGAACAGGAUGCUCUGUGUCGUCGAGUCGGGGCGGGUCUUACUCUCCUACUGUACUGUAUCACGUGUAUCAAUCGGGAAGCGUGAACAUAAUAGCGAAGAAGUGCGACUUGAAACGAAAAACUCAAAGUCGGAGCUUUGAUUUGGGACGUGAUGGAGAAUUCACUCCGACUGCACUCCUUCUGAAAGACAACGUAGGAUUUUUGCUGGAUUCUUCUGGUCCGUCACCGAUGACUGGAUUACCUUCUUCUGCGAGAAGAUUCGAUCAGAUGCUUCAAAGACAAGCUGUUUCCUAUGGCCAUCAGAGA